CCCUUGAUCCACAUGGCUGCUAACCACCGAGACAAAGCGGAUUCGAAAAACCCAGUUGAAGAACUUGACUUGCAAGAAGAAGUCAGAAAACUUAAUGUUGCUUUUAAAGGAAUGGCAGAUUUAGUGGGACAAACUUUGCUACAAAACAAGGAAAUGAAAGCCGCUAUUCAAUCCCUUGAAAAACAUGUUCGCGACAUGCAACUGGUUAUACUAUCGUUAGAAAAGACUCCAUCCUCUUCCAUCGUUGAUGGACUCGUUAAUGAAAAACGUGAUGGAGUUGGUGAAGCAACACAACCCCUUAGGUGGAAUUCCAGAUCUAACAGUCCACCCAUGAACAAGGUUGCGAAGACUUCACAAGGACCUAGCCCUACUCAGGCCCUAAUAGGGGCAUAUCGAAAGGAAGAAGCAAGUUUAUCCAACAGGAAGAAGCUUUUCAACAGCCCAGAUGAAAGUCAGAAUAAAGUCAAGACCCCAAUCGAAAACGAACAUGCAUCACUUACACCUGUGGGUGUGAUUAAGUGUCCUCAACCUCCAACUGGACAAACAUUGCCUGAGGGUAUCCCUUCCAAUUUCCCGCCCACUGGUGAUAUGCUAUUGUUGAGGUCUGAAGUCAUAUUGGCUUGCUAUGUCUUCCACCCAGACUUAGACUCAACUGAGGUGUUGAUUCGCAUUGGCAAUUUGAAGGUCAACAGAUUGGAUCUCCAUUGCUUCUGCCCAGGGAUUGAAAUCUCACCUGAGAUAAUCACAUUGUUGACAAUGAAAACAACACACAACCAACAUCAUUCCACAUUUCAGACAACUUGGGCAUUACCACCGUCAUUCGUGGAUGAUGUGUUAAAUGGGCACACAAUUAGUGAAUUGGGAUCAACUUAUGCUGAUGUUUGGAUGAAGCCUAUGGAUUACCUGAAAUACGUUUAUGUGCCAAUUAGAGACGAACAAGGGCACUGGUUCUUGAUGGUUAUUUCCCUUGAGGAUGAAGCUGUUUACCACCUUGAUAGUUAUCUAGGUCAUCUGGACAUCAUGAAGAGGAAGGAAUCUAUUACAGUUGUGACUAGGGCCAUAUCAGAGAUUGUUAGCACCGGCACAUAUUCAAGACACUUGAUUCAUAUUGCACAAAAACUCAAAGCAUGGAAGAUAAUAGAGCCAACAGGAAUACCAAAUUGCGGCAAAAGUGAUGACUCUGCUGUCUACGUCAUGGAUUGGCUUCAGAUGGAAGAAGAUUUUAAUCCACAGAUUACUUGUGAUUUGAACAUAGGCAAAACAAGGAUGACUAGCCUGAUGAAGUUGCUCACCGGUUUCCACAAUGAGGAAAGGCUCAAAUUAAUUCUGAAAAGCAACUCUUAUUGGAAGUUCGUUAUGAGUCAGAUUGCGUAG